UGUCGGGUUUCGGGUGGUAUCAACCCUCUUUACGGAUUGGUUGAAUAAACCCUAACGGUGACACACCGCGCAACUUAUCCUUACGAACCCAUUUCGAAGACCCAACAAUGGCGGAUUCAGAUUGAGCCCAAAUCUUCAAACCCCAUAGUAGAAGACUAAUCACUCUUCUUCAAUCAGGUUAAUCUCAUCCUCUGUGUGUAGCUCGUUUAAUUGCUGCUGUUAACAUGUACUGUAAUUUCACAAAGUGUCAUGCAAUCCCAAUUGUUAGAGCCUCUUCGCAACAACCCAAAUGCCUUUUACAGUUCUACAUAAACCCUAAACCCUCACAAUUGCUACCCAGUUCAAAUUGGGGAAAACCCAUUUGCUGUUCUAGGGUUAGAACAUUUAGAACUAGCUCAAUUGGAUUCAUUGAAAACACACAAGAGUAUUGUCAGUUAUUAGGUUCAGUUAGUUUAAAUCAACAUGUUGGGAAGAAAGAUGAAUGCUUUUCACAUGGGGUUUACUCGAAACGUAGAAAUUUUUCGACUUUUUCGUAUUCGCGUAAAGCGGUUGAAGGUGGUGAGUCUGUGAAGUCUCUUCCUUGGUUAGCUAGAAAUAAAGAUGGUGAAGUAAAAGAGGUUGAAAAAUCGGUUACGAGACGAUCUUCGUGGGGGGAAUCGGCUGAGCGGUUUACGAAAAGUGGUAGGGAGAAGGUUAGGAGAAAGGAUUUUAAACAAAGUAAGGCUUCGGACGAUGAGUUGGCGCCGAGAAAAGUUAAUCGGUCUUCUUGGGAAGAAUCGGCGGAAAAGUUUUCGAGAAAUGGUGUUGAGAGUAACGAAAGGGGUAGGCGAUUUGAUGAACGGAGUGCGUAUCGAGAAAGAAGGAAUGUAUCGGAUGGUGAAUCGGAUAUCGAAAGUGAAGAAACGGAUACUCCGAAGUGGUAUAAGGUUCAAGAGCGGUUCGAUAGGUUUGAUAAGGUUGCGGGUGUGGAACGCAACGAUAGAUUUAACCGGCAAGAUAAUUGGGGCAGGAAAGUAUGGAAAGAAGCUAGCGAAUCUAGUGUACCGAAAAUGAUCGGUGAAUGUGUGUAUGGCGUCGGUCCUGUGUUAGCUGCGUUAUCAGCGAACCGAAGAGAGUUUUACGUUUUGUAUGUUCAAGAAGGUAUUGAUUUAACCGGAAAUAAUAAAAAGAAAAAGGACAAGAAAGCGUUCGAAAAAGUCUUGAAGCUUGCCGAUAAAAUAGGACUGACAACGAAAGAAAUAUCAAAACACGAUCUUAACAUGUUUGCGGAUAACCGUCCGCAUCAGGGUUUGGUUCUCGACGCUUCACCGUUGGAAAUGGUGAACAUACGUCAACUGGAUCGCGUAGCGGAAAACGAAGGAACAGGGCUUUGGUUGGCGUUAGAUGAAGUUAUGGACCCACAAAACCUGGGUGCUAUAAUCCGGUCGGCUUACUUUUUCGGUGCAUCGGGGGUUGUACUUUGCGCAAAGAAUUCCGCACCACUUAGCGGGGUUGUAAGUAAAGCGAGUGCUGGUUCACUUGAGCUAACCGAGCUUCGGUCGUGUAAGAACAUGAUGCAGUUUUUGGUUUCUUCAGCUGAAAACGGUUGGAGGGUUCUCGGUGGUUCGGUUGCUUCACGAGCCGUGGAUAUAAACGAGGUGGUGACCGGUGCGCCCACGAUCCUUGUGUUGGGGAGUGAGGGCACGGGUUUGCGACCGCUGGUUGAGAGGUCUUGUACUCAGUUAGUUAAAAUUCCUGGGAAUAUUCCGGUACAUUUGAGUGCAGGGUUAGAAGAUGUAGACCCUCUGUCUUUUGUUGCGGUUGAAAGUUUGAAUGUUAGUGUUGCGGCUGGUGUGCUUCUUCAUCAUUUGGCUGGAAGCAAGAGUGCAGUUAAUGCCGAGUAACUGAAACUUAUUUUGGGUUUUUUGAGUUAUUUUUAUGUUCAUUUAUACGUAUUUGGUUCAAAGUGAGUGAUACGGAUAUUGAUGUAUUUGAUGUCAGUGGCGGAACUAGAACAUCAACUCAGGGGUAUCCCAUAAAAAAAAUUAUCGUGCAAUCAUACAAUAUUAAAAAAACAUGCCGCCCAAU